AUGACACUCUGGCGCGAGGCCCUCCGGUACGUUGUUGACACCAAAAACCUCAGCCCGCACAGCGCCAUCGAUCACAAAAUCCCGGACACUAUCUGGUAUGGCAAACCUCCCAGCACGGCAAACCUGAGAGCAUUCGGCUGCCGCGCCUGGCACACCACCUGGCAGGCAACGUCCUCUUCAGAAGACGUUGACUACACGCGGAGGAGGGGAUCAGGCCGAAGGAAGGUCGACUGGGCGGGGGCAGGCGACCGAGGGACAACCGAGGAGGGGACGCGGUUGUGA